UUAUUUAUACAAAAAUCUCAACUUUUUAUAUAUAUUUUUAUGUCAAUUUCUUAUCAAAACAAUAAAAUUAAUAACUUAACAAAAUUUUAAUAAAACCUAACCAUAAAACUUAGUAACUUUUGUACUUUUUUACUUUUUAUGCGAUAAAUAUCUAUACCUUAAAAGUCCAACACUAAAUAUCCUAAUAGCCAUACCCCUAUGAUUGGGAGGUGUUAGUAUAUGAAAUCAUGAAUUCUAUAUCCAAACACUACUAUUUCCUUAUUCUUAAAAAUUUCCUAAGUACAAAAUAUAUAUAUAUAUAUAUAUAUCUAUACCUUAAAAAAUAAAAAGAUACUCAUUUAUCAUUAAGUCCAUGACCCCAAAUUUAGAGUGGUUAUUACCACGUACAAAAACAUUAAGGCUCUCAAAUUUAUUUAUCCUCCCCUUAUGUGGUUCAGGGGAAACAAAAGGAAUAAGAUGGGACAAAAAUACAAGGAUAUCAUUUUUUUUUUUUUCAUUUUCCCCAUCCUCCUCUAUAUUAAGAUACACAAGAAACCAAAGUAAAAUACAGAAAAACCCUUCCCCUCACUUUCUUUCUUUUUUUUGGGUAAAUUCUUCCCCUCACUUUCGAUAAAUUGAAAUAUAACUAACCAUAAAAUCAAAAUUAGGUUAAUCCACAUCGGUAAAAAUAAUCAAUAGAACGCCUAAAAAAAGAAAAAAAAUAGAACAGAGGUUCUUCACUUCAAUGGUUGAAUGGGAAGCAUUGACGAACUCAGGGUGUCGGUUGGGUUGUGCGAUAAGACAGGCAACAAAGGCACAGGUUGUGCAAUAAGCUAAACCGCAAAACCUUGUUUGUCCUCAAUCCUAUCAGGUUACAAUUGAUGCUUAAAAUUCAGAAAAACAAUAAGCAACGCAACUGGAACAAUUCCCUCAUCAACAACCUCCUUAUGUAAAGUCUCACUAAUCAAAUAAGUCUUCCAUU